CAUUUACUUUGUUUCUAUAUGUGUUACUUUGUUUCUAUGCGAUCACCCGUUCACGGUAGUUCAUAGGCUACCCAUUUUUUCAUACACUUCGUACACAUGAGGGGAAAUUUGUACAGAGGCCAAUAAACCAACAAACACACGCUUCGUGCGAUGUGGCAGUGAACUAGAGCACGCGGACGAAACCUCAUGAGGUCACAGGGAAAUGAUACUAUGCCCAUGCCGUCAUCAUCCGCAGUCUCGAUCGAACCCGCAUGUCUGGCCAAGUGAGGCUGCAGCUCUUCUAACUGCGUCACAUUGGCAAGCACGUAUGUCAGCAGAGAAGAGUGAUUAUUGCUCAGCAGUCUAUAUCACUAUGCGUGGAACCAUAAUCUAUGUUGUAAUCCUCAGCGGGGAAGAAUGGCUGUAACCAUUAAGGCGGAAGUUUUGUAUCUCAUGCUCAUCCGAUUCGAUUAUAAUUUUCAGAUCAGGGAGUUGUUAAAGUUUUGGACAUUAUGCAUACCUCGUUGCCAUUUCGUUUGAAGUUGAGAAGGUCUGUCGACAAACCUGUCCGUUUCCUUACCUGGCUGGCAGGAUAGAAUGUGCUGCAUGCGUUUUGCAGUAUAUAAAACUCACGAUAUUUAUUUUCCUUUUUGCAGCGUAUCCCCAUAAACCAUUAGUAUCCGCCAACCGUCCGGACCAAGUGUUCGUGAUCGGGGAAUCGGCAAUGCUGACCUGUCGUUCAUCACCUUCAUACUUAGGCAGCAGUUUCUACUUGUAUCGAAGAGGUCAAACUGCUCCCGUUCUAACAGCCAUCGCUAACACGUCUGAGUCUCGCGUCACGUUCGAUGUUGGAAGCACAUUGCAGACUGCGACGGAAGAUUUCUCCUGUGUUUAUAAAAGCACAAUCAUGGAUCGUGAAAUAAUCUCCGACAGAAGUUCUUAUGUGAAGGUAACGGUUGUGGGUAAGCCUCAUCUUCACUUCGUCAAAGUGGAUAUUACCAGAUACUCAUUGAUGUUGGGAUUUGCGUGGGAUAACAAUACGGCGUAAACGUGUUUCUACAUCUACACAUAAUCGUAAUUUGUUGACGUUCGUUUUCUGAAGUUUUCAUCAUGUCAUAAGAUCAUGUGAUAAGCAGAAUUAGGCCAUUUGGUCAAUCGUGGCUGAUCGAUCUCUCCCCCCUUACUCCAUCCUCAUAUCUUCUCCUCAUAACCCCUGACACUUGUAUUAAUCAAUAAUCUAUCUACCUCUGCCUUAAACAUAUCCACUGACUUGGCCUCCACUGCCCCACAAAGAUUCACAUUUAAAUUACUCCUCGUCUCCUUCCUGAAAGAGUGGUUUAACUCUGAGGCUAUGAUAUCUGGUCUUCGAAUGUCCUCCUAGUGUAAACACCCUCUUCAGAUCGACUAUACGUAAGCAUUUCACUAUUCUGUCGGUUUCAAUAAUGUCCCCUCUCAUUCUUCUAAAAUGCAGCGAGUACAGGCCCCGUGCUGUCAAAUGUUCAUCAUAUCUUAACCUACUCAUUCCUUUGCAUGGUUCGUAAACGUCAUUUGGACCUUCCCCUGAACAAGCACACCCUUAUAGUGCCCAAAAUUGCUCAUAACAUUCCAAAUGCGGACUGACCAGCACUUUAUAAAGCCUCAGCAUUACAUCCCUGUUUUUGUAAACAAGCCUUCUCGAAAUAAAUGCUAUCAUUUUUGAGCCGUGCCAAGCAAGGUAGCAGGAACACUACAGCGAAUGCCCCAUAAUUAAUGCCGAUUCCUGACGCGUGUGUCACCUACUUGUGAUAGGUCGGCGAUCAAUAAUGGUUCCGUUACUAGAUCCCCAACAAGUUUAUUUCAUUCACUUCCAGCACCGCACGAUAUCAUAACGGCUCAGUCAAUUCACUGCUUCACAACAGAGGGUUUUAUUUCCUUCACUUAGAUGAGAGGAGCAUAUGCAAUAUGAAACACAAGAAUAGUUCAUCCAUACACAGUAGGUCGAACGACCUGCCAGAUUAAGUAUUUGAGGCAAUCAAAAGUUUACAAUUAAAACACAUGUGUACCGGUAUGUUGAUGGGAAUGAUUUAGAGGAUAUGUAUCAACGCUGGCAAAUGGGACCAGUUUAAAAAGGUAUGUUGUUCGAGAAAGACACUUUAAGCCGAAGGGCGUGUUUCCGUGCUUUAUAAUUCUACAAAGCCAUGUAAUUAUAAACAUUAAUUGAUCUGUCUUUCCUUUCAUUCACGUCACAUAAGAACCACUACCAACGCCGAGAGUCUCAUUCAAUGAAAUGACUGGGGUGUAUUUACUGGGAGAGACGGCCACCGUGACUUGCAAUAUGAACGGAAAAUACCGUGGCCCAGUCUACUUCUACAGGAAUGGCGAAUUAUUGACAUCUCGUCAUCUCUAUCCGAAAGAACACAUCUUGCGAUUCCGUGUCACCAGCAGAAAUCAAGGAGGGUGGUACCAGUGUCAGUUUGGAGCUCUGAUCCGAACGAGGAAUUUGCUAUCGCAGAUCAGCGAGACUCUGACGUUAAUUGUACCCGAACCACUGCAACAACCAGAGGUGUCCCUUGAUCAAAUGAGUGGCGUGUACUUAGAAGGAGAGUCUGCAACUACGACGUGUACAGUGAAUCAAGAUUACCACGAGAUUUACUUUUACAGGGAUUAUAAACAGCUUACAUCUCGUCAAUUUUCGAUAACGAAGAAUAUUGCAACCUUUGCCGUCUAUAGCCAAAACAAUGCAGGCCAAUACACAUGUCGGUACGGGAUCAUAAUUGGCAAAAGACAGCUGUUGUCACAGACCAGCGAAAAUGUGACUCUGACUGUGGUGGAAACUCUCGUACAACCGGUGUUGUCUUUCGAUCAACGGUCCGGGGUAUACGUAGACGGAGAGACCGUCACCGUUACAUGCAACCUGCACAGGGUGGAGGCUGGUUUUAUCUCCUUCUAUCAAAAUUACGUGGAACUCACCGCUGAUGAACUCCUUCAAAAAUGGAAUGUUGGAACAUUUCCGGUUACCGGCACACGUCAAGCAGGCAUGUACCAAUGUAGUUAUGGAAUCUCCGUCGAAACAAGGCAAUUUCAAUCCCAGCCCAGUGAAGCAGUGAGACUUUCAGUCGCAGGUCAGUAAUGGAGAAUAAUUAACCUUUAAAUGAGUAUUUGCCGGUUCAAAAAGAUGCCUACGAUAACGUGUCUUAUGUAAUUAAGGCAAAGGUCGGAGGGGAGUGGUAUUGUAAA